GCCAGUUCUGUUUUAGACAUUGUGGUGUAAGCACGCGCCGCUUGUUCGCGUUUUCGAUCGGACUUUUCGCGAAAUAAUAUUUAUUAGUGUUUGUGAAGUGUUACGUGAGCGAAAAGGUAAGACCAUCAGCUAACAACUUUGACAAAAGUACAGAAAGGUUUGGUUGGAUAAUCGCGAUAUUUUUUUAAGUGCCGUGGAGUAACCAGUGUUUGUGUUUAAGUGUUUUCGUAAUGGCUUAAUCCAGUUAAUCUGGUGUGUUUAUGGAUGUUUUAAGUGUGUGCAAAAAGACUAAAUAUAUCAAAAUGGAAGCUUUGGAAACGAGAGGAAAAGUUUUGGCCCUGACGGCGAUUGUAUUCAUAGUUUUUUGCUCACAAUGUAAAGGUGUUGAAGGCAAGAAUUCCACAAGAAUGUCGUAUGUCUGCCCGCCAAUGUUCAUCAGAUUGGGUCAUAGCUGCUAUUUCUUCAGUGAAAACAAAGCUACUUGGCAGAACGCACUGUUCACGUGCAAGGACCGUGGUGGGAAUUUAUCAGUACCAGCGCGUUGGGAGGACAGAAAUCUACGCAACUAUCUAAACAAACCUGGUAUCGAGAAAGCAAGUCGAUGGAUCGGAGGUGUAUAUGACUACGUGUCAAAAGCUUGGAAGUGGGGCGGCGAAUUGAAGGAGAUGCAUUACCAGUCUUUUAGCAAGAUGAAGAAGAUGAAACCAGAAGAUCUACAGUUCCACUGCAUUGCUAUGACGCCCGAAUUACUCUACCGUUGGGCCGCCCGCAGCUGCUACGAGCCGCGCCAAUUCAUCUGCCAGACGAAACUCAGGAAAGUACCCAAAUCUAAACUCAACGAAAUACGAGUUCGUUUCCAACGGAUGGGUGACAUCAACGAAAUAACCGCCCCCAGCGUUAGCAGGGAGGUCGACGACCCGCGAAUUAAUGACGUCACCGGUAAUCCUGUCAAAAACCCAAAAUCAUACGAUUUAAGACCCAGCCCUCUAAGAAAAUUGCCAAAACGACGCCAGCAUAAACUAAGGAAUAACAUGAAGACGUAUGACUUGAGACCGAGCGAGGUCAGGAAGCGAUCACGGCCCGACGUGCAGCGAAAACUGACUAGACCAUUCCCAGGUUACCAAUGGAAACGCCGCGACCCCGAAGGCUCUUACCGACGAAACGCUGACAUUCUGCUAUCAGGACAAACUGGGCUAAGUCCACAACAAGUCAAAGUUCACCUCUCUAGACUAGAACACCUACGCGACAGGCAACUAGCCAGACAGAAACGCCUUAGAGAAAAUGACGACUGGCUGGUAAACGAUCCGCCGGCGAUGGUCCACACUCACGCUAGGACAUAUACAGUAGAUAAUAAUAUUAGUGCUCUCCAUCCGAAGACGAUAGUGGAGGAGUUUGACAUGUUACCACCGCCGCCACCAGCUGUCAUCCCACGCCCAGUACGCAAUAUUUGGUGACAGGAAGAUCGCGAUUCAAAGCCUUAAUACUCUUAGAAAACUCUUUUUAACUAGUCUGGACAAAUUUUGUUUCAAAAACUUGACAAGCUUUAAGUUUACGAAGCGAUUUCCCAUAUCAGUGAAGUUUUGCGCUAGUUUGUAACAACGCCAUCUAGUGUCGAGUAGCGUAUUGUAAAAAUAAUUAAGUUUCGAAUAAUUUCUUUUGCUUUUUUGCUUAGUUCUUCUACUCUUCAAUCGCUAGAGCAGUCAGAACGACGACCUAUUUAUUAAAAACUUAACGACCAAUGUUUUGUGUGUGCUUAGUCUUAGGCUGUAGAAAUGUACUCUUAGAUAUUAAGAAAUAAAAUUUAUUCGAACCACCUUUUAAUCGUAUCCAAUAUCUGAUUAAAUAGAUAAGAUUGUAUAACAAUUAUUAUUUUUUAUUAGUACUUAGUGAAUAUGUUUCGAAAUUAAAAUAACGUAAAUUCUUUAGUUGAUACGCUAACUAACUUUUGCUUUUUAAAUGUAUUUAAAAAUGAGUCGUACAUUAUAUUGGCAUUUUCACUAAAGAUAAAAUAAGUACUUAUUAAUUUUAAUUAUACGUUCCAUAAUUAUAAUGAUAAGUAUAAAAUUGUAAGUUUAGUGCCAAUAAUAAUCCUCGCAUUUAAUUAAAACUAAUAAAAUAAUACAUGGUUCUACAUUCAUCAUCAAAAUGCGUAUUCACGACAGUACAAUUAUAAACCGGCUGUUAUUUGCACGUCAUAGGUAUGUCAAUAAGUGUAAAGUUGAUAGAUACGUCAAAUAAAUUAUCUCCGUCUACUCAUUUGUCAAUCUUAGGACAAGGUCUGUACUCCAAGCAUAAAGCUUACUUUAACCUCAUAAAAUCUAAUAGAUACGAAAUUUACCCCCUGUCCAAAUAAAAUAGUCUAAUUGCACUUUUUUAACUAAAGUACACUUUUGUCUCUUUUUAAAUAAUCACGUGAUAAAAGAGACAGAACAACUUUAUAUGAAACGGUAACAUUAGACUAGUUUAUUGUUUAUGGGUUAAUUUAUAAUCUUUAUUAUAUUUCUGAUCUGAAUAAUAGGUUUAGUUGUACAUUAGAAUCAAUACUUUACUAUUACAUACUCAAGAAGAUUUUAAUAGCGUUAGAUUU